UUUACGGGCGGCUCAUUUAAAUUUAAUUUCUUAAUUAAUCAGGACAAAAAAUGAAAAGAAAACUGUGCUGUUACACCAUUAAAUAUUUUUUCCCUAUGUCUUUUUCUCGAUAGUGAUUGUUUUCACUCUUGCAACCUUAAUAUUCCCUCCAAUGCUUCAAAUGCACAACUCCAAUAAUAGCCUCAAUAAUAAUCAACUCAAGAACAUAACCUCAUUAUUAAUCUUUCUUCAAUCAAUUAUCAUUCUCUCUCUACCCUUAUAUUCCUUUCUCCCUCUCCCAUAUCAUACUCAUCAACAAUGGCAGUAGAUGUAUUCUCCGAGAAUUUCGUUGGCAUGAUUAGUCCCAGACUUUCAUUUUCCCGAGAUCUGGAAGAGAACGAGACAAGUACCAACAUCAACGACUAUUCCUGUAAGCUGGAUCGCUCGUUUGUCGAUUCAGCUUUCGAUUUUGCUUUCAAUGUCGAUACAAGUAUCACAUUUCAAUCUUCGUCAGCAGAUGAGCUCUUCUCUGAUGGAAAAAUCAUUCCUACUCGCUUAAUAAAGGAAGAAGAGGUAAAAAAAUCUGAAGCAGUUGUACAAAAAGUUCCAGUAACAUCCUGUUCGGAUCUCCUGUCUGCAACGAUUACGGAUACGGGGAAAAAGAGUUUAAAAGAGUUCUUAGAAGACAGUAUAGAAGAAGAAGAGGAGGUUAACACUGCUGCAGUAGCGGCGAAAUCAUUUUGGAAAUUCAGGAGAAGUAAUAGUUUGAACUGUGAUAGAAAUCAGAGAAAAGGGUUAAUUGGGUCUUGGAAAAUAUUAUCUAGGAGUGGAUCAACAGGUAAAUUUUUGGAAAAUAUAGUAGAAGAAGAAAAACCCAGUAAUUUUCAUUCAAAGUUGUUGAGGAAAUUUAGCAGAAACAACAGUUUGAGUAAUUGUUCUGAUAAUGGUAAUGUUUCUACUAGUAAUAACAAAGUGUUGAUUGGGUCAACAGAAAUGUUAAGGAGAAGUCAUUCAACAAGUGAUCAUUAUUUUUUGAAAUCGGAUUCGAGUUUGUUUAGGCGGAGUAAUUCAACUGGUUCUGCACCAAAUAAGUUGAAGAAGCAACAAUCACUCAAACAACGACAACAACAAAAUGUAUGCAAUAGUAAAUCAUCUCAAAAGGGAAAGGUAAAGGAUAAUUAUAGUAGAAAUAAUUAUGGUUAUGGUAAUAAUUAUAACAAUAAUUUGAGGAUUAAUCCAGUGUUAAAUCUUCCAACUCCACACAUUUCUAGAGUUGGUGUAGAUUUGUUUAGUUUUGGUUCAUUAUUUUGUAAUAAUGGUACCUAAGAUAGAAAGAAAAAGAAAUGAGACAUUUUUAGUAUUUUUCUAUGUAUAGACGACUCAUUGCUUGGUGCAUGCCCACGAGUGAGCGUGUUUGUAUAUGAAAUUUAAUACUCAUUUUUACUA